AUGGAACGGAGAAGAGGAUCAGAUGUCUUCCCGAUCGCACCGUCCCUCGACUCCAAUCUCAAGAAGAACACGGCCUUCAUCAAGCGACUACGCACCGCGAUCAGUCAAGCUGGGCUCGGCACCUUCCUGCAUGAAGUAAGAACACUUUCUCUACACAAGUACCUCACGGAAGUGGUGUCGGCAUGCUUCGAAGGACUAUGCAGGGUCAAGAUAGCUGGGGAUUUUGCAGCGGCGGUCGAAAUCGUCAGCGCGCUUCAUCAACGGUUUGGUCCGGAGGAGUUCACUCGCUACAUCGGCUGGAUGAUCGGACGUGGACUGAGCACGCCUGAUAAGUCGCAACUGAAGAACCUGCCGGCGGAGGUACGCGAGCGCGAAGAGAAAGAGCGUAUUGGCAGGCAGAGAAUAUUACUACGGGUGGCAACAGAGCUAUGGCUCGUCGGUGUGCUGAGGAGCCUGGAUGAUGUCACCCGCCCGGAAGAGGCGAGCAAGGCGAAAGAUGCAGGAAGAGGCGGUGAGAUGUCUGCGAAGCCAAAGACGAACGGAGUACGACCUGAUAAUGCUGAUCCGGAGCCAUUCCCGUUGGAGGUCAUGAAGGACAUGCUAGGCCACGACCGGGAGCACGUCAACCUGCCACUGGUCGUUGUGUUUGCAAAAACCUUCGCUUGGGACGUACUGGGCUCGAAGAACGGGAAGAGUGAAGGCAGGCAGACAGUCGCCGAAGAUGGCGGCACAGCAAUUUUCAAUGGAAACUUUGAUUCGGCGACUUCGACUGAGGACGAGGAGGUGCCGGCUCAAGACACGCCCCUCACUCCUCCAGCUCUACAGCAACGAUUCCGGAACAUCCUCGUCCGCUACUUUGAAGAUGUCACUGCGCAUCUCUUGCGUGACCAGAAGCACCUGGCCAGCCAAGGCAAGCGCAACGCCGAAGCCUACGUUAAGUCUGGCGAAGUGUUCGAGGAUCGCCAGACGAGCUACGAGAAAGCGGUCAAGAAUCAAGAGAAACUGCUCUCAAGCGCACAGUCAUUGGCCGACGUAUUAGCCGUUGACAUGCCCGACCUUUCAGAAAAGGAUGCUUCUUCGGGUGCGCUCGAUGGCGGCAUUGGGCUUGUAAAGACUGGAGAAUAUCUGCGCGGUCAUGCAGAAGGUGCUGGAAUCUGGGAAGAUGAGGACGAGCGGCGCUUCUACGAAAGCCUCGUCGACUUGAAGGAUCGUGUGCCUGGCAUUCUCCUGGAGGAUGCGAAGAAGAAGAAACCGGAUGAGGAGCAAGUGGGCAAGAAAGCUGAGGAAACCUCUGACGCCAAGCUGGAGGCAAAGCCAGUAGACACUGACGAUGCAUCUACCGCGAUCGCGAACAAGACGGUCGGAGCACAGGUGGAUGCACUACUUGCGCGCUUGGUCGACCUCACGAACAAAGACCAGGUGGAUCAAUUCUCAAUCGACUUUUGCUUUCUCAACUCCAAGGCCUCCCGGAACCGCCUUGUCAAGGCUAUCCAGGAGAUCCCGAAGGGUCGCACAGACCUCUUGCCAUUGUAUGCUCGCCUCAUCGCGACACUCGGCCGCUACCUCACGGAUGUUCAGCAAGGCAUCAUCUCGUACCUCGAUGAUGAGUUCCGGAGCCUACAGCGUCGCAAGUCCAAGGAAUUUCUCGGCCCAGUCCGCAUGGUGAAUAUACGCUACAUCGCAGAGCUCAGCAAAUUCGGCGUGGUGCCAGAGCACGUCAUCUUCCAUUGCCUCAAGGUCAGCUUGGACGACUUCUCGAGGAUGAAUAUUGAGAUUAUCGCAUCGCUACUCGAGAACUGCGGACGGUAUUUGCUGCGCAACCCCGAGACUUCGCCGCGCAUGACAUCUUUCCUUGAGACACUUCAGCGGAAGAAGACGGCACAGCACCUCGGCCAGCAAGAGCGCAUGCUUUUGGAGAAUGCCAUGUACUACGUCAACCCGCCCGAGCGCGCAGCGAUCGAGGUCAAAGAGCGCACACCGCUCGAUCUUUUCGUUCGGAAGCUAAUCUACGUCGACCUGAACAAGAAGUCGCUCGAGCACGUGACAAAGCAAAUCCGCAAGUUGCACUGGGAAGAAACUGAAGUGGUCGAGCUCAUGCGCAAGAUUUUCGUCAAGCCAGGCAAGAUCAAGUUCGCUAACAUCCACCUUCUUGCUAUCAUCCUGGGCGCGCUCUACCGCUUCCACUUCGAUUUCACCUCCAGCGUUCUGGACGACCUGCUCGAGCGUAUCACGGUUGGCUUGGAAGUGAACGACUUCAGGUACAACCAGCGUCGCAUUGCCGAAGUUAAGUACCUCGGAGAGCUUUACAUCUACCGCCUGGUAGACUCCACAGUCAUCUUCGACACGCUCUACAAGCUUCUCAACUUCGGCCACGACGGCUACGCUCAGCCAGGUCGAAUCUCGCCCAUUGACCUUCCUGACGACUACUUCCGCGUUCGUCUUGUAGGCACGCUUCUGGAGACGUGUGGCGUAUACUUCGAGAAAGGAGCUGUAAAGAAGAAGCUCGACUUCUUCCUUGCCUUCUUCCAGUAUUACAUCAAUGUCAAGGAUCCAUUGCCGAUGGACAUCGACUUUGUUGUUCAGGAUACGUUCAGCCUCUUGCGGCCUCAGUGGAAGCUUGUGUCGAACAACCUGGAGGAAGCAGGCAGAGUGUUUUCCGAAGCAUGCAAGCAGAACUACCGAGAUACAGCAAUGAGCAAGACACUCGAGCCUGAAGAGCCGGAAGCGGCCAUUCCCGAGCUGGAUGAUUCUGAUGGUGAAGAUGCGCACCCGAACGGCGACGAGCAGGCCUUACCGGAUGGCGAUGCUGCAGACAUCAAAUCGGACCCUGAGGAGGUCGCAGCUGAGGCUGGUGAUGAUGCGCAGGGCUCCUCAUCCGAGGAAGACUUUGUGGUCACCCGACCCGAAGAGCAGCGUGAUCCGGAGGCUGACGCUGAGUUCGAUCGUGAAUUUGCUAAAAUGAUGGCGGAGAGUGUGGAGUCUCGAAAGUUCGAGCGCAAGCCCAUGUUCGACGUCCCACUGCCCAUGCGCCGUGCGCAGCGUGAGGCGCCUGCAGUGCAAGCUGGCGAUGACAGCGAUGGCGACUCACCGGUUCCCGCGCCAUCCAACGGAUCCGGCACCAUGAAGUUUGCUCUUCUCAGCCGGAGAGGUAACAGAACGCAGACCCGGUCGAUCGAUCUUCCUUCGGAUUCCAGCUUCGCGGUCUCCAUGCGGUCACAGCAAGAGGCAGAGCGCGCCGAGCAGCAACGCAUCAAGAGCUUGGUACUGAACUACGAACUAACGGAUGAACACGAUGGUGAAGAACCCGCUUUCCAUUACGUGCAGAGCUCCAACAACAAGCGCACCAUCAUCGUCGGCAACGGCAUUCUCAACAAAAGCCUCAAGCCACGAGUUGCAAGCGGUCCAACUCAACAUGUGACCAGUUGCAACGAGAACGAAAGAAGGGACUCUCCUACUGCUACCACACCACCUGAGCACACCCAACUCAAGCGUCAAGACUCAUUCGCUGACGAGACAGGCUCCAUUGACCAUUUGCACGGUCAGGGCAGACAGGACAAGUCCGGCAAUACGAGGAGCAAGCAGCGAGCGAGGAAGCUGCAGCUGGGUGACAUCGACUGGUAUGAUAAGCGCUCUCAUACCGCUGUUUCUCAGACGCAAACACCCGCUCAGAAUGGUAUCGACGGGGACAAGAAGCAAGAACAGCAGCAGCAACUUCGACCAGUGAGUGGUGAGCAACGCAAGAACAAGCGCUGA